AUGGCGGAGUCCGCGCCGCCGCACCUGGUGCUGCCCUCGGGGCUGCUGGAGCUGUGCGCGCUGCUGGGAGCCCCCCGGGACGGUCUCCGCGGCGCGGGGCAGGUUUCCCAGAGGAGAGGGGUCAGCAGCCCUCCCCUGGACGCCGAGGUCCUGUCGGUGUUCGUGCCUCCUUUCGUCAGUACAGAGGACAGUCAGAUGGCCAGAGCCGGCGGCGCUGCCCUGAGCAAAACGAGACGACGCUCCUUCCGGAAGAAGAAGGACAGAGCCAGACUGGAGCAGAGCAGGGGUCUCCCAGGGGACCCCAAAGUCUCAGAGGCCGAGGACAUCAAUGUUCCCAACGGGGUGGACCUGCUAGCCCUGCCCCAGCUCUGCUUCCCAGGAGGCGUGUGUGUGGCCUCUGAGCCCAAGGAGGACUAUGUCCACUUCCUGGUGCUGACCGACAUCUCUGGGAACAGGACUCAUGGUGUGGUUGCCCAGUUCUACCGACCCCUGCACAACGGAUACUGCUUCUACAACGGCCAAGCCCACUGGGAGCCAUCCCGGCCGGCGGUGGGCGCGGCUGGCUGCUUCGUGCCCUUCGCCGUGUGUGUCAUCUCCCGUUACCCCUACUACAACGCGCUCAGGGACUGCCUCUCCUGUUUAUUGAUCCACCUGAAGCUCUGCAAAGAUUUUGAAGUUGAUGAUCAUAUAAAAGAAUUUGCUGCAAAAUUGUCUUUAAUACCCAGCCCACCGCCAGGACCGCUACAUUUGAUCUUCAACAUGAAGCCGCUGCAGGUCGUGUUCCCUUCACAGGCAGAUCCCGAAAGCCCUCUCAUAGACUUGGACCUCCACCUGCCCUUACUGUGCUUCCGAGCUGAGACAGUGUUGCAGGUCCUCACCUGCAUGCUCACCGAGCAGAGAAUGGUGUUCUUCUCGUCCGACUGGGCCCUGCUGACCCUGGUGGCUGAGUGCUUCCUGGUCUACCUGCACCCGCUGCAGUGGCAGCACACCUUCGUGCCCAUCCUCUCUCGUCAGAUGCUGGACUUCGUCAUGGCGCCCACCUCCUUCCUCAUGGGCUGCCACCUCGACCACUUUGAAGAAGUCAGCAAGGAGGCCGACGGUUUGAUCCUGAUAAAUAUCGACAGUGGCAGCGUCACCUGCUCGAAGCCCUCCGGUGAUGCCGUGGACAUUCCUGACGCCCCUCUGCUCGCGGCCCAGACCUUCAUCCAGAGGCUCCAGAGCCUCCAGCUGUACCAGGAGCUAGACCUCGCCCACUGCAUCUCCAGCACAGACCUGAACGAGGCCCGGAGCCACCGACGUGCCUGGCAGCAGAAGCUCAAUGGUCAGAUCCAGCAGGUGACGCUGCACCUCCUUGUCAGCAUCUUCAGGGACGUGAAGAAUCACCUUAACUAUGAGCACAGAGUGUUCAACAGUGAGGAGUUUGUUAAGACGCAGCCGCCGGGGGCCCAGCGCUUCUACAAGCAGGUGUUGGAUACCUAUAUGUUCCACUCGUUCCUAAAAGCCCGGCUCAGCAGGAGGAUGGACGCCUUUGCCCAGAUGGAGCUCAGCACCCAGUCGGAGGAGGACAGGGUCCACGGGAUGCUCAUAAGCCCCCGGAGACCGACCAUUGAGAAGAUGGCCUUGCGGAAGUCCUCCCCACUGCAGGCGGCCCACAGGCGCAUGGUGGUCAGCAUGCCCAACCUGCAGGACAUCACCAUCCCCGACCUCCCGCCCCGGAACUCUUCUCUGCGGAGCUUCAGCCCCUCGUCCUGUCACAGCAGCUUCAAAGUUCAGAAUGUGACCCCCAAGUCCACCUACAUGUUCAAGGUCCCCGAAAUCCACUUUCCACUGCUGCCCCAGUGCGUCCGCACCUACUACGAGGACUUCGUGGACCAGCUGAGCAGAGCCAUGGGCCUCCUGGGCCCUGACAACUCAGCGCUGCUGGCCGGCUACUGCUACCUGCGUGGCCUGGUGCACCUGACGCAGGGGAGGCCGCUGUGUGCGCUCCGCGACUUCCAGAGCCUCUACAAGACCGACCUGCGCAUAUUCCCCGCUGACCUGGUCAGGAGGGCCGCAGCCUGCUUGUCGGCCCCUGAGCGUGCCCAGACCGAGCGCACCCCUGAGCUGAAGCGGCUCAUCAACGAGGUGGUGGACAAGCCUGGGGAGGUGGCCAAGGUGGACGAGCAUGUCAAGAACUUUGAGCUGCCCAGGAAGCACAUGCAGCUGGACGACUUCGUGAGGCGGGUCCAGGAGUCAGGGGUGGUCAAGGACGCUGGCACCAUCCACCGCCUGUUCGAGGCGCUGACCGUAGGGCACCAGAAGCAGAUUGACCCCGACACAUUCAGAGACUUCUACAACUGCUGGAAGGAGACAGAGGCUGAAGCACAGGCGGUCAGCCUGCCCGUGGAGGUCGUGGAGUACCUGGACAAAAGCGAGUGUGUCUACAAGCUGUCCGGUGCAGUCAAGACCAACCGCGGUGUGGGCAAGAUCGCCAUGACCCAGAAGCGCCUGUUCCUGCUCACUGAGGGGCGGCCGGGCUUCGUGGAGAUCUCCACCUUCCGGAACAUAGAGGAAGUCAAAAGCACCACGGUGGCGUUCCUGCUCCUGAGAAUUCCCACCUUAAAAAUCAAAACCAUCUCCCGGAAAGAUGUCUUCGAAGCUAACCUCAAAACCGAGUGUGACCUGUGGCACCUGAUGGUCAAGGAGAUGUGGGCCGGAAAGAAGCUGUCGGACGAUCACAAGGACCCGCAGUACAUCCAGCAGGCACUGACCAACGUGCUGCUGAUGGACGCUGUGGUGGGCACGCUGCAGUCCUCGAACGCCAUCUAUGCUGCCUCCAAACUGUCCGUCUUUGAUAAGAUGAGGAGUGAAAUGCCCUUGGCCAUGCCGAAGGCCACCUCGGAGACCUUGAAGCACAAGAUCAAUCCCUCCGCUGGCGAGACCUCCCCGCAGGCCAUUGACGUCUUGCUGUACACGCCAGGACAUCUCGAUCCAGCCGAGAAAAUCGCAGACGCUCGGCCCAAGCUGUGGUGCGCGUUAGGAGAAGGCAAGGUGGUGGUAUUCGACGCCUCGUCGUGGACAGUUCACCAGCACUGCUUCAGAGUGGGUGCGUCCAGACUGAACUGCAUGGUGAUGGCAGAGCAGAGCCAGGUCUGGAUCGGCUCCGAAGACUCGGUCAUUUACAUCAUCAACGUCCACAGCAUGUCUUGCAACAAGCAGCUCACUGACCACCGUGCCAGUGUCGUGGAGUUACUCGUGCCCGAGGGAGAGAAGGUGCCCAGCGAGGUGUACUCCUGCAGCCGGGACGGGACGGUGCUGGCGUGGAGCGUGAGCACGCUGAGGGUCACCAGCAGGUUCCAGCUGCCCGGCCGCUCGCUGACCUCCGCCCGACUCCACCAGGGCCGCCUGUGGUGCUGCACGGGCAGCAGCAUCGUGGUGGUGACAACCAACGGCUUUCUGCGUCAGGAGCUGAGAAUUGACAGCUUUCACAAGGUGGACACCUCGUUCCUGGGCUUCCAGCUGAUCCCUGAGCAGGAGCAGCUCUGGGCUGCCUGUGUGGGGUAUAGUGAAGUCUACAUCUGGACCCUGCAGGACCUCUCCCAGCCCCCACACAAGGUCGCCCUGCAGGACUGUGCUGAGGUCAGCUGUAUGCUCAAGGUCAAAAGACAGAUCUGGGUGGGCGGCCGGGGGCUGUCGCAGGGACAGCCGAAGGGGAAGAUCUACGUGAUGGACACUGACAGGAAGACUGUGGACAAGGAGCUGGUGGCUCACACAGACACGGUGAUGACGCUGUGCUCGGCCGAGGACCGCUAUGUGCUGAGUGGCUCUGGCCGGGAAGAGGGCAAGAUUGCUAUUUGGACUGUGGAGUGA